AUUAUUAAACAUGGCGUCCUUUUCGAGAAGUCACGAGAAGACUUGAAAGACGUGAAUCUUCCUAAAAUCUUUAUCCAAUGAUGCAGGACGUUGGUAAAGGAGCCACGGAUAUUUUUCGAGGAUGGUUAAUGAAAUGGACAAAUUACAUCAAAGGCUAUCAAAAGCGCUGGUUCGUCUUAAGCAAUGGCUUACUCUCGUAUUACAGAAACCAGGCUGAAGUUGCUCACACCUGUAGGGGAACGAUAAAUCUGGCAACCGCAUUCAUUUGCACCGAAGACGACCCUUGUAGUUUUGUUGUGUCAAACGGCAGCACUCAUUAUUUUCAUUUGAAAGCUUCCUCGGAAGUUGAACGACAAAAGUGGGUUACAGCUCUAGAACUUGUUAAAGCGAAAGCCAUUAAAAUGCUCGAGUCUGAUGACGAGGACGAUGAUGACAAAAAUGAAAGUUGUACGAAACCUCUUUCAAGUAAGGUUGAUGACCUGCAGACCUGUAAUGACCUCGUAGCAAAACAUGGUACGGCAUUACAGAAGGCGAUAAGCGAAGUGCAGGACCUGAGCGAGUUUCGAGAUGAGGAGGAUGAACUAGCCAGGAGAUUGAAGGUUGUGAAUGAAAAAGCAACCUUGUUCAGGAUAACAUCAAGUGCCAUGAUCAGCGCAUGCGGUGAGUUUCUUGAACUGGCCCAAAAGCAGGAGAAGAACUUCCAAAAGGUGGUCGACCAUGAACGAGCGCAACGAAUACGCCUGGAACAAACCGUGGAAGACUUAGCGAAACAACACAACUUCUUGGAGGAGGUCUGUCGCGAGCAGGUCGUUCCCAAGCUCAAAGCGAGCGCGGUGGAAUCCAGCCAGGCAUCCAACAUGACUGCUGGUGAUCCAUCCAUACAGGAGAAUAUGGACACUUCUCAUGACUCCAGUGAUGAUGAAGAUGCGUUUUUCGACGCUGAAGAACUUGUAGUUAAUAUCCCGCCAGCCGACAUCUCUCCGAGCAGUUCCGAAGUCAGCGUCGUCACGGAGAAGGAUGUGGGGUCAUCGUCAUCGUCACACAAGAGGUCAGCUUCAGACUUCGGAGUUUCCCAACCCGCGAAGCCUUCGAGUGGGCGCCACCCGCUCAGCGCCUCUGACGGGGACUUGGGGAACAGUAUAUCAGCGAUCGUUAGCGAGGUACCACCAGAUGAUUAUUCCGACAAGGAGGAGGUUAAAAAGAUAUCUCGACGGAAAAAUAUUCCUCCCAAACCAACUCAAAGUCUAAGCCUCUGGAACAUUCUGAAAAACUGCAUUGGUAAAGAUCUCUCCAAAAUCCCAAUGCCGGUGAAUUUUAACGAGCCACUCUCAAUGUUGCAACGACUGACCGAAGAAAUGGAAUAUUCUGAUCUUCUGGAUAAAGCUGCUGCCGCGACGAACAGUUUGGAAGAAAUGUGCUACGUCGCAGCCUUCACAAUCUCUGCUUAUUCCACCACAAGCAUACGAACAGGGAAACCUUUUAACCCGUUGCUGGGCGAGACUUUUGAAAUGGAUAGAAGUCUGGAGGAAGGAUGGAGAUGUCUUGCCGAACAAGUAUGCCAUCAUCCCCCGAUAUCGUGUUUUCACAUUGAGCACACGAACUGGACGUAUUGGCAAGACUUCACGGCGACCAGUAAAUUCCGAGGCAACUAUCUUCAAAUUGUUCCACUCGGCGUCGCGCAUCUUACAUUCCGCACGUCGGGAAAUCAUUACACUUGGCGUAAGGUUACUACAACGGUACGAAAUAUCAUCGUCGGAAAACUAUGGGUCGAUCAGUCCGGAGAAAUGGACAUUGUGAACCACACUACUGGCGACACAUGUAAACUCAAGUAUAACGCGUACACAUAUUUCUCAAGAGAGACACCUAGAAAGGUGACAGGUUAUGUAUUAGAUAAAUCCAAAGUGACUCAUUAUGUUCUGACGGGGACCUGGGAUAAUAAGAUAGACUGCGCCGAAGUCGUCUACACAACGAAGUCUGAGGGCGGACAGCCGAAACAAGUUGCCCAGACAAGAACUCCUGUGGCAUUAUGGAAAAUGAACGUUGUGCCUGAGGAUCGUGAACCACAAUACAAUUUCUCGCACUUCGCCAUGUCCUUGAACGAGCCCGAUGACCUCGUGGCGAUAUCAGACUCUCGUUUCAGACCCGACCAGCGUCUCAUGGAACUGGGCAAGUGGGAUGACGCGAACACGGCCAAGGGAAAACUGGAGGAGAAACAGCGCGCGAAGCGACGAGAACGGGAGGCUGAGGCGGAGUUAGCGAAGCGGGAAGGUCGAGUGUACGAGGCCUACAAACCAGUUUGGUUCGAGAAAGUUUACGAUGAGAUGUCAGAUUUAGAAAUACAUGUUUACAAAGGAGGGUAUUGGGAGGCGAAGGAAAAGCAAGACUGGUCAAUGUGUCCAGAUAUUUUUUAAGCUCAUGAAAUUCACUGAAAGACCGUCUCUACUUCGUUGGAAAAGCCUUAAUAGAUCGAGGUUAAAUCAUUUCAAUGGCCAAAGUUUUGAGACAAAGAAGAUUCAAGCUUGGUUGAUACAACCAAACAUUUUAGACAUGAUUCUUUGGGGAAAUGCAACUCUCUUUUCUUAGAUUUCAAAAUCGUAUGGUGAGAUAUCAGAUUUUGAACUAAAUGCAAAUUUGAUAUUGGCAAAGCAGAGAGAAUCAAGAAUAAUUCAGAUGAUUUUUUUAUAUGAUUCUUAUGGGAAUAUAAUUUUUUGGGUCACUCUAUCGACUCGAAGAACAAUUCGUGAAUAUGCCAAGCAUAGGGUAACCAUUCAAGACAAGCCAUGGUACUAUUGUAUGGUGUAUGAACAGCCAGUUUAAUGCAAGCAGGACAAUUGUUCGCAAUGAAACAAAAAACACACACAUGGGAUGUGAACUUUUCUUGAGAGUAUGAAAUUAUUAUAAAUUGUGAUUUCUAUUUGCGACACGAGUUUGAAUGACCACCCGAGCGGAGAAACUAACUUUUUAUUCGACGAAAUCGUUCUAAAUGAGAGAAUGAAUCGUGCCAUGAAUUGACUGUUUGUCAAAAUACUUUAAAAAUAUAUUUUCUCGGUCGCGACAAGUGCCGAAGACGGGCUAAAAUGGUUUUUCUGUGGGUGAAGAUCUUCAAAAAUGUCUACCCCAAAAGGUCCCUAAAAAUUCAUUAAAUCCAUGAAUAUAUACAAAAAUCCUCUGAAUCUCAAAAGAUUUUCAAAUUUUAAUUAAGGUCUGGUUUUAAUUUUAUUUACUACUCAAUUUAUACUGGGAGUCUGUUCACGUUGCACUUGGGGAAAAUAUAUACCACGCAUGCUCUGUGAGGCGCUAUGGUCUUGACCUGCAGUGCGGGAAAAGACCGACCCACAUGGAAGUCGGGAGUUGGUAAGAGGGGCAGCUGCCCCCCUGCCUACCAUUUGCCACGGGGAGCACACGUCGUAGAGUGCCUGCUGUAUGCAAUCGUUUGAAGUUUGGAUAUCGCAAUCCGUAGAGCUUCAACUUUUUUAAUAAACUCUGUUUAAAAAGUUAACAAUAAUGCUGUCAAAUUGUCCUUUAAUAAAAUAUUUGCUGUCCAUAAACAGCGUU